CUACUGGGGGUGCUGGGGAACACGGGAAAGGGGGUGUUCUGGGAACUGUAGUAUCCAUAGGAAAGUCGCUGCCUGAUAGUGUGGUGUGGGUCUGUAGCUUGUGAGGAGAUGAAUGGGAAACGGCCGGCUGAGCCCCGCCCGGGUCGGGCAGGGAAAAAAGGAAAAAAGGAGGUCAUGGCGGAGUUUUCGGCCGCUGUCAUGGAGGAAACCUUAAAGAAGCAAGUGGCUGAGGCCUGGAGCCGCAGGACGCCGUUCCGUCACGAAGCCAUUGUCAUGGACAUGGACCCCUUCCUUCACUGUGUGAUCCCAAACUUCAUCCCAAGCCAGAACUUCUUGGAAGGGCUUCAGAAGGAACUUUUGAGCUUAGACUUCCAUGAAAAGUAUAACGAUUUAUAUAAGUUCCAGCAGUCUGAUGAUUUCAAGAAGAGAAAAGAGCCUCACAUCUGUGCUUUAAGGAAAAUUCUGUUUGAAGAUUUCCGGGCUUGGCUUUCUGACACUUCCAAGAUUGACCUAGAAUCAGCCAUUGACAUGUCCUGUGCUAAAUAUGAAUUCUCAGAUGCCUUACUCUGCCACGAUGAUGAGCUGGAAGGCCGCCGGAUCGCCUUUAUUCUUUACCUGGUCCCUCCCUGGGACAGGAGCUUGGGAGGCACCCUGGACCUGUACAAUGUUGAUGAGCACUCUCAGCCGAAGCACAUCGUCAAGUCUCUAAUCCCUUCAUGGAACACACUGGUUUUCUUUGAAGUGUCUCCAGUAUCCUUUCACCAGGUGUCUGAAGUCCUAUCUGAAGAAAAGUCACGUUUGUCUAUAAGUGGAUGGUUUCAUGGUCCUUCACUGACCAGGCCUCCCAGCUACUUUGAACCUCUAAUACCUCGGAGCCCUCACAUCCCGCAAGAUCAUGAAAUUUUGUAUGAUUGGAUUAACCCUACUUAUCUGGACAUGGAUUACCAAGCUCAAAUUCAACAAGAGUUUGAAGAACAGUCUGAAAUUCUCCUAAAAGAGUUCCUUAAGCCUGAAAAAUUUGCAGCAGUCUGUGGGGCUUUGGAGAAGGGAGAUGUGAAAUGGAGCACCCAAGGACCCCCUAACAGAAGGUUUUAUGAGAAAGCUGAGGAAAGCAUGCUUCCUGACACACUAAAGGACUGCAUGGAAUUAUUUCGCUCUGAGGCGCUGUUCUUGUUGCUCUCCAACUUCACGGGCCUGAAACUUCACUUCUUGGCCCAUUCACAAGAAGAUGAAAUGGAAGACAUAAAAGAGGGAGAAACAGGCUCUGCUGCUGAGAACACUGAAGAAGGGACUAGCCAUGGCCCCUCUGAACCAGGGAAUAAUCAGGCUGCUGUCAGCAACAAUAGCCAGCAGAGCAGUAAACAGACAGACCUAGAGGAAGAUGAAGCAAAGAAAGAAUCAAGUGUUCCCACAUGUCAGGGCGAACUGAGGUGUUGGAAGACUGGUCACUACACUUUAAUCCAUGACAAUAGCAAGACUGAAUUUGCCCUGGACUUACUUCUCUACUGUGGCUGUGAAGGCUGGGAGCCAGAGUAUGGUGGCUUUACUUCCUACAUUACCAAGGGUGAGGAUGAAGAGCUGCUAACAGUGAAUCCAGAAAACAAUUCUUUGGCAUUGGUCUACAGAGAUAGAGAGACUCUGAAAUUUGUCAAGCAUAUUAACCACCGAAGUCUGGAACAGAAGAAAACCUUCCCGAAUAGAACAGGUUUCUGGGACUUUUCAUUUGUCUAUUAUGAAUGACAGGGCUGGACAAAGCUGAAAAAGAGACCCUCCCUGUCCUGGGAAGUCUGGAGGAGCUAGGCAUCAAGCGAAGGAGAGCCGCAAGGCGACCUGUGUGACACUGUUCUUAAGACUAGGUAUAGUUGUCCUUAAAUAGGGCCUAUGAUGAUUGUCCUCAAUCCAGACCUUGAGCUUGGAGCUAGGUACUGAUCUCAAUUUUUGAAAAAAAGGCUUUUUGUCUUUUUCUUUAACAUUUAGGUCUUCAUUCUCCAUAUUGACUUCUUCAGUGAAUUUUUAAAAUUUUAUUGUGUGAUAAAAUAUACAUGACAUAAAAUGUACCAUUUUAACCAUUUUUAAGUGUAUAGUUCAGUGGCAUUAAGUACAUUCACAUUCUUGGGCAACCAUCACCACCAUCCAUCUCCAGCACUUUUCCAUCUUCCAAACUGAAACUCUGUUCCCGUUAAAUAGUAAUUCCCACAGCUCCCAACAACUGCCAUUCUACCUUCUGUCUCUGAAUUGACUACUCAUAUUCUUCACAUAAUUGGAAUCACACACUAUUUGUCUUUUUGUGACUGGCUUAUUUCACUUAGUAUAAAGUCUUCAAGGUUCAUCCAUG